AUGCCCGACGAGAAUGUGACCGAGGGACUGUCCGGAUCCAAGGAUGGCGAGGCGGCGCGGCAAAAGAUGCAGAUCAAAUCCUUCACCGCGUGGGUCAACCUGCACCUCAAGCAGGCGGGCAUGGCCGUCGAGAACCUCAAGACAGACUUUGGCGACGGGAUCAAGCUGCUGCGCCUCGUCGAGAUCAUCUCCGAGGAGGAGCUCGGCAAGUACAACCAGAACCCGGUGUCCAAGUUCCAAAAGGUGGAGAACCUCAACAUCCCUCUCAA